GCGCAGGCGUGCCUGGGUUCAAGGCAGAUGGAGAAAGUAGUGGUUGUCACUCAGGGUUAGAUCACAACCAAAAGACAGGGUCGUGCUUUUUCCCCUCCAGCAGCAACGCAACGGUGCCGAGAAUGGCUCUUGAGAAAGCGAGCGGCGCGGCCCGGCCGUUUCUGGACGGAGUGGAGGUGGUGAAGCAGGGAGCCGAGGCGCGGCUGUACCGGGGGCAGUUCCUGGGCAGAGCGGCGAUCGUGAAGGAGCGGUUCCCGAAGCGGUACCGACACCCGUCCCUGGACGAGAAGCUCACUCACCGCAGGACCGUCCAGGAGGUGCGGUCCAUCCUGCGCUGCAGAAAGGCAGGCAUCGCUACUCCGGUAGUUUAUUUUGUCGACUACACCUCCCACUGCAUCUUCCUUGAAGAGAUUGUGGGCGCGGUCACAGUGCGGGACCAUCUCAACUCUGCCCGGGCCUGCGGGAGAGACCCCGAGCAUCUUCACGCUCUCGUGGAGAGGAUGGGGCAGAUUCUGGCCAAGAUGCACGACGAGGAUGUGGUCCAUGGGGACCUGACCACCUCCAAUAUGCUUCUGAGGGGGGACGCCGACGGCGGCAACGCAGAGCUGGUGCUGAUCGACUUCGGGCUGAGCUACAUCUCGGCCCUGCCGGAGGACAAAGGGGUGGACCUGUACGUGUUAGAGAAGGCGUUCCUGAGCACCCACCCCAACACGGAAGAGCUCUUCGGGGCGCUGCUGGAAAGUUACGCCGCUUGCUCAAAGAAGUCGUCUCCCGUCAUCAAAAAACUGGAUGAAGUGAGACUCCGCGGUAGGAAAAGGUCAAUGGUGGGCUGAAAGGAGGGUCUCAUGGGGCGCUGGUCCCAGGGGCAUGAAGAGCUCGGGAUCAGCACUGGGGCUCUGUGGGACAGUUUGGGAUCAGGAGACUUGAUUUUGGUGACAAUAAAAACAAAUUUUAUGUA